UCGAGAUUAUUUCUUAACUGACGUACCAGAGUAAAGAUCGGUUGUGAAUAUCAUUGUCAGUAUUACAUUGAUUAGGUGAAAAAAAGUGGGCAUGGGGGUCGGAAGUCGGCAGCGAGUAAAAGAUGAUGAUGGAUUGCUUGGAUCGUCCGCAGGUUUGGCGCAUUUCAGAUCGGUGGAAAAUAAAAUACAAAAUGCCGUCGAUCAAACAGCGCACUUUACAGGUUUCGGAAAGUUUCACUGUAAACUUUUCGUUAUUUCUGGAUUAAUCUUCAUGAAUACUGGAUUUGGCGUAAGCAGCACCGGUAUAAUCGUUCCAUCGGCGCCGUGUGAUUUUCAGAUGAGGACAGUGGACAUCGGUCGUUUGACCGCUUCACCGAUGCUCGGAAUGGUGUGUGGUUCAUAUUUCUGGGGCUGUUUAGCCGACAUGAAGGGUCGUAAGGUAGCAUUAUUAGCUGCACUUUUUCUCGAUGGAUUUGCCGGAGUUUUUUCAUCCCUCGUCCCAAAUCUUUUGGCUUUUACGUGCCUCAGAUUUCUCAAUGGAUUCGCAAUCACUGGACAGUGCGCGAUGCUCUUCCCUUACCUUGGAGAGUUUCAACCGAGCAACGUCAGAGAAAAAAUUCUCUGCUGGAUGGAAAUGGCCUGGACGAUUGGCAUCACGGUUCUUCCUCUGCUGGGAUGGCUGGUCAUACCGAUGUCUUUUCGAUACACGUUGGGCAAUUUUUCGUUCGCAUCUUGGAACCUCUUCGUUCUUUUAUGCGCCGUUCCAUCUAUUUCCAUCGCGAUUGCGCUUCUUUAUUUUCCAGAGUCUCCCAAAUACUUGAUCGACGAUGGUCAGGAAUCAAGAGCGAUCGAAGUUCUUUCGAUUAUGUACGCAGAAAAUACUGGAAAUCCACCCGAAGACUAUCCCGUGAAAUGCAUAGCGAACAGCGACGACCCAGCAAACGCGAUGAUCGUGAAUGGGGGUGAUUUUGUUGCUUCGGAAAAAUUGAAAAGGAAGAAGAAGAAGCUCGUGAAAAUGGUGAAGGAUAUUUACGAGCACACCCUGACAAUCCUCAGGCCACCUUACCUGACUACCACAUUAUUAACUUCAAUUAUUCAAUUCUCGAUAACCUCCUCGUACUAUACGCUCAUGGUUUGGUUUCCGGAACUUUUUCAAAGGUUUGCAGAGUUCGAGAAAGAACACCCUUCACAAUCUGCCACUGUCUGCGACGUUUCCGAAAUAAAGCCGAUCAACGUAAGCUUGGUUGACAGUGUCGCUGAUUUCAGCUGCAACGAAAAGGUUCAGUCGUCCGUGUACAUUCACACCAUCUUUCUAGGCUUGGCUUGUAUCCCUACAAGUAUCUGGCUGCCCUUGUGUAUCGGUCAAUUGGGGUACAGAUUUUUCCUCGUGUUCAGCACGGCGUUUUCCGGAGCAGCAGCCAUCGGGCUCUUCUUCGUUACUUCGUCGACGCAAAAUCUCAUCCUUUCUUGUGUAUUCGAAGCUCUGACGUCGAUGGGAGUUAGCGUAGUAUAUUGCAUCCUGGUGGAUUUUUAUCCAACGCAUUUGAGGGUGAUAGCUGCGUCAUUUUCCGCUCUGUGCGGGAGGUCGGGUGCGUUUCUUGGUAAUUUUAUGUUUGGAUACUUCUUGGACGUUCAUUGCGUAGUUCCAAUAGCAGUCGUCGCUGGUUUACUCUUCUGUGGUGGACUGCUGUCGAUGUGUUUACCGAGAAGAAAUGUAGACCCGGGUAAAGAGGAGAGAAAAUCCGCAUCGAACUAGCCAGCGUAAACAGCCGCUUUCCAAUUAAAGUUGAGAGUAAAUAGGACUGGAUUAAUAUAUAGCUCUAAUCUAUUGUAUAAACCAGAAAACUUCGAGGAAAAUCCAAUACUGCGCAACGUGCACGACUGAAACGCAGUUCUCAAAAGCGUCAGUACACACUGGAUUCAUUUUCAGCAUAUUAACACCAAUUUUAAACAAGUUGGCCAGCAGAAAUAUUGCUGUAAAGAUCCAACUGAAUCGUUGCUUAAUUUUUUUGCCCUCUUUCAAUGAAUUUCGCGAGGGGAAAGAUAUAUAAUCUUACGCAAACUUAUGUCUAAAUCUGUACAUACUUUUUAAGAAAUAAUAUAAAUUAUGAAAUUGCAAUAAAACAAUUAGUUUCGUGUACGUUUCUUCA